AAAAUGCCCGAAAGUGAUAUCUUAGACAUCGAUUCUCAUUAUACAAUGGAUACGAAAAUAACAAAGAUUGAAUACCAUUCAUAUAUUCCAUAUACAAAUUCAUUUAGAAAUAAUGAUGAAAUACGAAUAAUAGUACAACAGUCAGACGCAUACCCGUAUCUUCAUGAGAGCUUUAUUUAUAUUGUAAGAAAAAUAGCGGAAUCAACUAAAGUCAAUCAUUAUAAUAAUGGUGUAUCACAACUUUCCGAACAAGUAAGAUUUGAAAUUAAUUGAGUGGAAGUGGAUAGAACACGUGCACUUGAAAUAACAAGUUCGAUAAAAGGCUAUUUAUCGUGUGUACCAGACGAAUAUUAUUGUUAUGAAAACGCUGGCUGGACUUUUAGGAACAAUACGGCUAUACUGGAUACUAGUUCAGGAAGUUUUAAUGUAUGUAUUCCGCUGA